AUGCACAAUCUCGGGCAGCACCUGAAAAAUAUGGACUACCCGGGCGUGCCGUAUUUCGUCUCGUCCUCUCCGAAGCACUACAGCCCGCCGGCGAAUGCCACCAAGGCCGGCGCGUGCGGCGCGACGUCCGUAGUUAAAGCCGCCGUCGCGCAGCUAUACCCGACCACGCAGGAGACGGAAAACUUCUACGCGAUGCAGAAGCUGUCUUUAACGGGUACGGGCAGCCCGAUGCGGCUCCUCCGCGUGACGCGCCUGAGCGCGGUGCGGCCGGACGGGCAUCUCGGCCUGUGGAGCGACGACAUCGUGCGGAACCCGGAAUUUAAGGAUCUGACGAAGCGCAUGGAGAAAUGGCCGGGGGAUUGCACGCACUGGUGCCUGCCCGGCGUGCCCGACGCGUGGGGCGCAGGAGGAGGAGCAGGAGGAGCAGGGGGAAGGGGAGCAGGAGGAGCAGCAAGGGUAGGAGGAGGAGCAAGGGUAGGAGGAGCAGGAGGGAGAGGAGGAGCGGCAGGAGGGGGCGGGCAGAGUGUAGGACAAGGACAGGUGACUGGAAGUGUAUCAAACAACACAAGCAAAACAAGGGUGGCAAAUACUCUUUGGUCAGUUGACGCCACGGAAUCUUGGUAA